AUGCAAAAAGUCGCGGCCGCCGCGGUGGCAGGGAUACCACCCACCACCGGCGAGAAGAAUCCCAUGACGGCGUUCAGCGACGAUGACGACACUCUCGACGAACGUGAGGCUCUCGAAGCCACAGACGAUGAGACGACGAACACCUACGAUGAGCCGCAGGGAGACAAGCCAAGUCCGCUCGAUUCGGGCAGCAGCACCACAGUAAGUGGCGACAGCUCUGACUGGCGCUCGGAGACUGGUUCCCCGGGCGAUGCCGCGGCCGUCAGGGUCAUGGGUGCUCACAGCGCGUCGGGCAGCGAGGCAGUGCACUUUAGGAAAGAUGCAAAGCACCUGACCUACUCGUACAAGGUACCCCAAGCCUCCUUGGGCGCAGCCACGCCACUUAACAACGCGUCGGGUCAGCAACAGCGCCUGCCUGGGUCUGCGAACACGAGCGCAGCCUUUCCUGCGGACAUUUCGCAGGUUGUUGAGGCGUCCACGCCGACGCUGCCGCGCAGCAACCUCGUUGGUGGCCCUGGCGGUCCAAGUCGCUUCGGCCCCCACGGCGCGGCAACGUACGCGCAAGGCUCCCCGCCCCCCUCCGCUCCGCAGACGACCAACACGAGCGCGUUCUACACCUUCUCCGACAGUUACGCGAUUCUGCAGGGCACCCCUGCCAACGCGCCGUCGUUCUUGGCCGCCCACCCGUCGAGCACGACCGCCGGAGACGAAUACUCUGCUGUGCACGCGCCUCAGCAGGCACCGUACCAUGAGGUCACCGGUAGACGUGGGACCCGUGCGCCUAGAGAAUCCGCUGUUGCGGCAACGGCGCCAGUCACCACCGUUUUGGUCCCCUCGCAGCCGCUGAACGAUGAGGACGAGCAUGCGCGGCGGAAGCGUCCGUGGGACUCCUCUGCGGACGCAGACGGGAACCAGUCGUGCCGCAGCCGUCGCAUCCAGAUAGAAGUCCAAGCAGUUGUGAAAAAGAAGUACGCUGACAAAGAGGAUGAGGACAUGCGCGAGGAGUACACCAGCAGCAGCUACUCAGACGAAAACAGCUACAGUUACAGCUACAGCUACAGCUACAGUGGAGACGACGAGCUCGGCGACGAGGCGGACGCUGAUGAGGAGGAUUACGAGUACUACGAAGAGUUCUACGAGGAGGAAGUGGAGGAAGAUGAAGAAGAUGAAGAGGAACCACGUAUUGACAUGAUCGAGGGUGACGGCCACGGCCACACACUGUACGACAUCCUUUACGGCACUCCGAAAGCCGGCGCGAUCGGCAACGGGGACCACACUAGAGACUUGCGCGAGCCCGCUCUCUCAGACAGUCCCUACAGCGCGCCGCUGCCGGACAAGCAGAAAGAGCCCCAUCACCAGGGUCAGUUACACCCUCGUUACGUUGGCGAGGAGGACGAAAAGAACCACCUUCGCCCCGCACCUUCCCACUGGUCGGAGACCGCAGAUGAGGAAGCUGAGGUAGCGCGCCGUCGUGCUGCAACGCCGGAGCGCGUGGGCCGGCAUCACCACCACCACCACAAAAAGUCAGCCAAGGCCUAUAAGGGAACAGACAGCGAGACGGAGCACCGCGCCGCCGCUGCUCCUGCUGCUGCUCCUGCUGCCGGCAAGAAGCAGAAAAAAAGUGCCUAUGAGCACGGCGAGCCUUUCACAGAGGGCACCCUCAACGUCACGAGCAAGAAAGGCAAGGCGAACGGUCACUACGGGCCCAAGGUGGAUCUCGACGCUAAGGAACUGGACAGGGUCAUCUCGGACAGUGAAAGCAGCGAGGUACCGCAUGAACCGGUAACCAGCGCUGCGCCAGCUGCAAAGGGCACCCGAGCAGCUUCUUCGUCGAGCUCCAGCGACGCUCAGGAUGUCGAUGAUGAAUUCACGGCCCUCUCCAGAAGUCGCUCACGGCGCCGCAAGAGUCCCCAGGUCGUUAAAAAUGCAAAGAAAAAGGACUCUCACCACCAUCACCGCAGCGGUGCAGAUGCAAACAGUGGCAGUGACGCCGAGGCGGAGGCGAUAACAACCACGAAGUUUGGCGCCAGGGGCAGCGGCAAGGUCAGUGAGGAAGAACCUAUCAGCAUACCGUCUCAGCAGAAUAGCAUGGGUACUGGUGAUGAGACAUCGGAGAACACUUUGAGCGUGGCAGGGCAUGAGGGUGAAGGUGGCUCGUCCGACAAGAGCGCGGAGGUGGAGGAUGCCAAGACGAAGGCGGCGGUCUGCCUCGUCAUUAAGUGCAACUGCUGCUCAAAGAGGGUGGAAGAGAGUGACUCCACCAAGCCCAGGGAAGACAAGAAGAAGAAGGUCAACCCCUCCAGUACGUGUGGCUGCUGCUCGGAGACGGAGGAUGAGAGCGACCCCAAGCCCAGGGAAGACAAGAAGAAGAAGGUCAACCCCUCCAGUACGUGUGGCUGCUGCUCGGAGACGGAGGAUGAGAGCGACCCCAAGCCCAGGGAAGAAAAGAAGAAGAAGGUCAGCCCCUCCAGUACGUGUGGCUGCUGCUCGGAGACGGAGGAUGAGCGCGACCCCAAGGAGACGAAGAGUGGCAUCGUCAUUAAGUGUAGGUGCUGCUCAAAGAAGGCAAAGGACGGAGACGCCAAGGACAAGAAGUCUAGGAGUCGCAGCGGUGGGGUCUUCAGCUGUUUCUUUGCUAUGUGCAGCAGCAAGAAGAGCACCAAGGAUCAGGUGGUGGACAAGAAUGGAAAGGGAGAUGAAAAAGACAAGGAAGCCGACGAGCAGGCGAGGAAAGAAGGAGCGAAGUCCCACUCAACAUCCCCAGCCGAGAGUCCAGUAGAUCCGCACACCAACAGUCGCCAGUCGAACCAGAAAAGCCACAAGAAGGACGAAGCGUUCAAGGGUUUAAAGUCACCGCAGGCGGAGCCGCAGGAAGAAGAAAAAGGGGCCGCCGCUGACACGCCAACCCCCUCGUUCCCGAGGUCGCCGGCGGUGAUGACAAGCGAGAGCAAAAACGACAACCAGGGCAGAGCUGCGCACCCGCCAAAGAACACGAGGCGCGGUGUCGAGCGGGCUUCGUCUAAUAGCACUCCGGAUGCUGCAGCCGCGUCGAGUCAAAAAAAAAGGGAAAACGAGGCAAAGGUGCUGGCCCGCAAGGAGUCAUCGCAUCAGCCAGUAUCGAGUCCAACGCCACACCCUACUGGACAGGCCCGCCGACCGCACAGCCACACCACGCCGUCCGCCGAUCAUGCACGCAUCCCUGGAAAGCCAGAGGACCCCGGUGUUGUGAUUCCUGUGAAUGCGAGCGAUAUGGGCGAGAACGACGAGCCGGGUCCCUCGAAGCGAGUCAAGGCACAGCAGCAGCGAAGCCGCCACCACGGCCAAGCACGCGCCGCCGAGCAUCCGAGUAAAAAGAAAAGCAAGAGGAACACUCAACGCGUUGAGCAUGAGAGCAGUCACGACGACAGCGCUGUGUAA